CAGCACGCAUGCGUUUCUCCCGGUUCAUUUACGAGUUUCAGUAAGCCGCGAGUAGCGUCGCUGCCGUUUCUCUCAGUGCACAUUUUUCGAUCGUCGGCGUUGGUGAUACGUACUCUCAACACCGAAUACGUUUGAAUAUUCCUAACAAACCAAAGGCAUUUAAAAAUGUUCCGUUCCUUAUACAAAUUACCUCAGCGAGUGACUGGACAAAUGGCCGUCGACGUACUGUCGAGGAACAUGUGUGGCCAAAAACCACAAAGUUUUGAAGAGUACUUCAACGGCAAGAAGUUCAUCGUCACCGGAUCGUGCGCUGGAAUGGGAGAGAAGAUCACCAGUAGAUUGCUAGACCUAGGAGCAUUUGUUUAUACAGUGGUAGAAAAGGAUAAAGGCGUUAAUUUACCAAACACCAAGCAAGUAGUCUGCGAUCUAUCCAACUGGGAAGAUACCUACAAGAAAAUGUUAGAACUCGGUCCGGUACAUGGGUUGGUCAACAACGCUGGUGUGGCCGUUAUAGAGUCCUUUUUCGAUGUUACCGAAGAGGGCUGGAACAAGACCCUGAACGUGAACGCCAGGGCAUUGGUAAGGACCAGCCAGGCGGUGGCUAAGAACAUGAUCGACGCCGGCAUCAAGGGGUCCAUCGUGAACAUUUCGUCGACCAUUUCCACGAGAGCCAUCCCCGAGCACACGACGUACUGCGCGUCCAAAGGGGCGGUGAAUCAGAUCACCAGGUGCAUGGCCAUUGAGCUGGGCAAAUACGGCAUCCGCACCAACAACGUGAACCCGACGGUGGUGCUGACGCGCAUGGGCAAGAUCGCGUGGUCCGACCCGAAGAAAUCCGAGCCCAUCAUGCAACGCAUACCGCUGGGCAAAUUCGCAGAAACCGAUGACAUAGCGAACGCUGUGAUCUACAUGCUCAGCGACUACUCCACGAUGGUGAACGGAACGGCUCUCGUUGUCGACGGAGGAUUCUUGGCGGGUUAGGCUGGCGAGUCGAUCGGUGUACGAAAAACAAGUUUUGAAAUAAUUUAUUAAUUCGACGAAAACAUCCCGUUUGAUUUGUACAUUAUUACACUUGGACGUUUAAUUUGUAUAAUCGCAUACUUAUUUAUUAGAUGAAUUAUACGAUAAUUACAAAUUCAAAUUAUUGUUCGAAAAUAAAUUAUUCAUCUUGACGAAAA